AGUCUAAACAAAAUGGCAUUUGGAGGUUCAUCUUUUUACAAGGGAUCUGACCUGAUUCAUGACUACAGUUGUUCCAAGUGUGAGGAAAAUGACUUGAACACUGAAGCCCAGCACUUCUGCCCAGAGUGUGAACACUAUCUGUGUGACAAGUGUGUGAGGAUACAUGGGGAGUACUUCAAGAAACAUGUUGUGUAUGGGCGUGGAGACAUCCAGAAAUGGACAGGAUUCUCCAUGGACAGAUGUGACCAACAUGGGAACAAGCUGGAGGUCCACUGUGAUGACCAUCAGGAACUGUGUUGCCAUGUCUGUGUGUCACUCAAUCACAGAUUUUGUAGCAGUAUAAGUCACUUGCCAGAACUGGCCAGAGGCUUCCUUGAAAAAGCAGAGUUCAAGCAGCUGCCAGAAGCAGUGGACAAGAUGAGGAGCAGGCUAGAUGAGCUCAAGAAUGCCAAGAUGAAAGACCAAGCCUCUCUUAAGGACUCAUACAAGAACAUCCUGGCUGAAAUCAAGGCUCUCCGUAAAGAGUUUAACCAGAUCUUAGACGAGCUUGAGAAAAAAACAGUUGAACAAUUAGAUAGCAUGAAGAAGGAUUUAGAGAAGAGUUUGAAAGAUGACAUUGAAAAGUGUACUCAUAUGAAUGAGUUACUGAAAACCAUGAUUGAUAAGUUCAGGCAGAUAACUGGAAAAAACAAGGAGACUAAUUGUUACGUCGGGCACAGGAAAUGUAAAACAAAACUGACAGAAGCCCAGAAUCUAUUGCAUGAAAUACAAGAAAAGCCAGUAGAAACCUUAUGUUUUAAGUAUGACAGCAGCAUAAUGCCAUUUCUCAGGAACCUGAACAUGUUUGGAGCCACUGAAAGAGUGAUUUCCAAAGCAAAGAGGUUAGAUAGUGGUUACGUGUACAAAGGUCAAGGGUCAAAGAAGUUCAGUGUUAGAAUAAAGAAAGAUAAGAACACCUGCAGUAUUGAAGGUAUAUGUGAGCUGCCCAGUGGAGACCUUGUUAUUGCUGACUCAAACAACAGGAGACUGAAGCUUCUGGACAUGAAGUACAAGGUCACUGCUCACCUUGAUUGUCCUGCAUCUCCAGAACACUUGUGCCACACAACCGGCAGUGAGGUUGCUGUAGUUACUUAUGAAGAUAAAACAUAUAUAGUCUACUUCCUGACAGUGACCAGAGGACAGUUACACUUAUCAAGAAAGUUCACCACAGACCAUGACUGUACCUCCAUUGCCUACCACGAGGGUCUACUGUAUGUGGGCUCUGACUCUGCCCUCUACCAGUACACAAUGGAUGGACUGAUGGGAAAGGUAAUAUAUGAAGAAAGGGGAGUGGCCAAAUGUGCUGUAAGUCCUGAUGGGGAGAGAUUCUAUAUAACAACAUUGUAUGGCAGUAAAUUAAUUACCCUUGAUAAAAAUGGUCAAGUGUUAUCAAAACUAAGAGAUCCUGAACUAAAAACUCCCAGGGGAGUAUGUGUCAGCCCUAGUGGCCAUGUGUUUGUGUGUGGGUAUAUGUCUGACACUGUGGUACAGGUGGACAGAGAGGGAAGACAGAAGCUUGCCACAGUGGCCACGGAGGCUGAUGACCUGGCCUGCCCUCAGUCAGUGUGGUUCAGUGAACAAACCUCAAGUCUCAUUGUUGGAAAUGAUGAUGAUAGCAUUGUAGUUAUCAAGCUGUGUUGAAAAGUGAAUCAGAUUCUACACUUUAUGUGAAUAUUUGUGUUGAUUCAACUAAAACCUGUUUGUGAUUAUAUAAAUGUUGAAUUAUGUUUUGUGAAAUCUGAACAAAUGUCACUUAUAACUGAUAGAUUUUUCAUCAUAACCUACAUACCCUGUUAAAAUGGAUUUUUUUUUUAAAUAAAAUGUAUUGAUCAUAACUAUACAUUACUUACAUGUACAUGUAAUAUAAACUGAAGAUAAAUUGGUAUUUUGAUACUUGCUCUAUUUCAAUGGUAAUAUUAAAUAAAUGAACAUAACAAAUGGCUUAUAUUACAUCAUUGGCUACGGAUAUAAUAAUCAUCAUGAUGUAAGUAAAAUAAAAUAAUUGUGUGAUGUUGUUAGCCCUAUAGAGCAAAACCUAAAUCAUUGUGUAAAUAGAUGAAUAGACCACCAACUUCAUUUUUUUUUCAAUAUGAUGUUUGAAUAUAUCAUACUAAAUAGAAAACUAUAUUAUUUUUGAAAAAUAAACAGAUAAAAAGAUUACAUUAAUUUUUCUGCCUCAACAGUGAAAAAAAAAAUCCAAAACGAAAAUUAAGUUGAGGUUUAUUUCUUUUGAUCAGACUUUGUCUGUCUGUCGCCACAAUUUCUACCAAUUCUUUAUAAAGUUGGUCAGAAUCUGUGAACAUAUGUAUAUAUAAAUGCAGGUCCAUUUUAGUUAUGGGUCUUGUUUGGUCUUAAAACGUAGGUCACUAGGGUGAACAUAUACAAAAAGUUUUGUUUACCUAAAACUGGGUUGGAGUUCUAAUGUUCAACAAACGUGUUAACUAUGUGGUCACUUUUUCAACAAAAUUCAGGUCAAGGUUGAGUACUGGUGAUCAGUAAAACAAUCAACCAGUGCUCUAUUUUGAAUUAUCAGAAUUGCACUAUAAUUCAAAUUUUCUGUAUGCAAGAAAAAGUAUCAUUCACAUGUAUGCGGGAUGGAUGAAAAACUCCAACCCUGACACAUGUGUUGGCGGUCAUUUGAGAAACAUCGUUACCGCCCCGCAUACAUGUGAAAAGUACUUAUAAGACCCCACCCCCAUUG